CUUAAAUAAUUUCUAUCGAUCAUUUCUAAGUCACGGCAAGGUAAAUUUUAAACAUUUCCAUAUAAAGAUCAAAAACUUAUAUUUUAAAAUUAUUCAGAGUUCAGACAACAAUCAAUUCCCAUGUUUAUACCUACAUCGUGAAUCGUGAUGUUAUAUUUUUAAUAUUUAAGUUUUAAAAAUGCAUUUAUAACUUUCAAGUUCAAACGCGUUGAGUGGUUAAAUGUUUUGCAAAAAAGUUUCAAAACUUUUUCCGAAGCUUACCAUAUUAAACGUACAUAUAUAUAUAUAUAUGUCAACAAUGCAGUUGAACAAUCAAGGUCACCGGAUAUGAAACUACAAGGCUCUUAGGAAAGUUUCUAUAUGCUGUGUAGGUUUUCUAAUUAUUACAUCAAGAAAUUUUAAUGAACAAAUAUAUAAUAUAAAUAUAUGUAUGAAUAAAUGUAUACGAUAAAUAUUCUAAAAGUCAGUGAUAGCUUGGAACGCACUAUGAGCGAGAGCGAUCCUGCAUGCAGACAUAAAUAUGUGUAUUAGGAAUUGGGUCUUUAUAGGUUGCAAACUGAAGUCUUUCUUUCAACUACGUUAUCAUCGAGAUGAUGGACUAUGACGGAAGCGAAUAUUCUAUACUGUUCGGUAUCCGUCAGGUACCGUGUGAUGAAUAACUCGAGCAAAAGUUUCUUCAGAUGGAUUAUUUCAGAAAUAUUCUGCUGCUGGAAACAACAGAACGAACUUCCCGAAAACUUGGCCGUGAGCUACACGGAGAUAACGCACUCAAAUACGGCAGACGCGGUGGAACUGCAGCUGCGGAACUACGUGAACUCGCAAGAGCCGUACAAUCCGGAAGUGCACGGCUGGAGGGACAUCACGCCACCCGUUAUGCGAUCCGUCAAGCACAGCGAGCGAGCUACACAGCUGGUGACAGCCAUCCGUAUGUCAGGGCUACAGGACAUCGAAAUACUAGGCGUGCCCGAUGGACACAGCUAACGACGGCGUUUGCCGACACCGUCCCGUACGUACAGACGCCGUCGUGAAUCUUGUACAUACAACACCGCCGUACCACGAAGUGUAAUAUUGUUUAUUGAUAAUAAAAAAAUCGUUUUAUCUGUU